UAACCGUUAAGCUGUUAUUUAUGUCACUGUCACAAUCAGCCAUACACUUUAUUUACGACGACAUACUGAACAUAUUUAGGAAGAUUGAAUGUUAUGGAGAUAAUGUGGUGGAUAAAUGCUUUUGUGUUUCUUUUUCUAAUAUCUUUAAUAUUCAGAUUAAUAUUCAGAUCUAUCGAAUUGCUUUUGCAAAAAGUUCCAUCUAAAAUAGAAACAAAAAAUGUUACAGAUUUACAAGUAAAUCAAUUAAAAGAAGAAGGUGCAGCCAAACAAGGGACACUUAUGAAGCGCAAAAGAGUGCUGGAAUCAGAACAUUCAGCAAAAAGAAAAUCUGCCAUAUCAGAGCCUUCAGAACUUACCGAUGGGCAGUCAUACAGAGAAUCAUUUUCUUUGCCGAAAACAGAAAGUAGCCAAAUAUCAAGAAAUAAUUUAAGUGCUCAGCGGGAAGACGAAAUGAAAUUAACUGGAACAGAAGAUACAAAUUCUUCACAAAUAUCGGUAAUGGAUGAAAACAAUAUGUUCAGAAAUAACCUAGACUUAGAAAAUAGAAUAGGACAUGCCCCACUACAGUUAGAUGAUGUUGGUGAAAGUUCUAAUAAAGGAUAUGAUAGACAUAGACUGAUGGUUGAAAGAUUGAUAUUUACCUGUGUGCAUGCAGCAUUGUCUAUGGUGAAAGAUAAGGUAGAACAUACAAAUAAAGACAGGGUCGGACUGGUUUUAAAAUUGCUCCACCAAGAACAAAUUGAAGGUCAAGCAUCUUUCCUACACGGAGUAUGUUGUCUUACAGCCAAGCUUCUGAAAGAAAAGGAGUCACAUGAUGCUCACAUGGCACAGCAUUGGCUGAUGAAUGAAGCUGCAUCUUCUGAAAACGUAAACGAACCUGAAACAUUUAGAAAAUUAUGUACACAGAAGUUGGAGACGAAAGUAGCACCAAUCUUGGCAAGAAUUAUUGCGUAUUUGGACACGAACGAUAACUUAAACAUUUUAAAAGAGGAACAUUUCAAAUGGAAACAAGAACUAUGGCUCACUUACUUGAAUGUAGAUGCCAUGAAUUUACAGUACGCAGAUCUAUUCUCUUCAAAAAGACAGAGUGAUCUACCAGAAGUGGUUGUCAUGACAUCAGGAUGUGAAGGUCAAAUGUUUAGUGCAAAAAUGCCUUUUUCCUGGCUGCUUAUAAACCAUAUCAAUGAAAUAUUGAAAUUAAAACACCCAGCGACAGAGUCACAUGACAAUGAAGAAGUAGAUGAAGUCUACUCAGAAAUAGAAGCUUUGGUGAAGGUAUUAGGUGAGCAUGCACUUGGUAAAGUAUUGAGUUGUAUAUCAGAAGAACGUGAUGUAGAAGAAGCUGUACAAGAUUAUAUCUAUGACUUUGUCCACACCAUGUAUAGAGCUGCGUCGGAACAUGAACAACAGUUGGUUUGUCAGACGGUACUCUAUGUGACUACUAAAAUGGGGAACAACAUAAAAAAGAACUCCCUGCUACAUAGUUUAGUGACAGUGCAUAUUGCCUACCAGAAACUUGCACCUAGACUGACAUACUUCAGGGCUAUGAACAGUGUAUGGCCAGAAUGUAGCUCCACUAUUGCAGACUUGAAAGCCAAGAACCCUGAUAAUUUUAUGUUCAAAGAACACGAAUUUACAUUUUCUGCUGCUCUGUGCCUGCUCCUUGAGAAUCUAUCCCCUAAAGGUACAGACCUUGUCAAUCUACUUGGAUUGCCUCAUUGGUUGCGUCGGGUACAUCGUUACAGGCCUGUUGUUGAGAAAAUUAUCAGUUUUCAUGGCGAAGAUCCAACAUUGUAUGGUGCUCAUACUAUCCAAUUAAUGCGUAAGGCAAAAGGACUAUGGAGUAGAGUGAUGGUUGUGAAGUUAUUUCUGGAACAUGUCUGUGCAUCAUCUGAGAAGGAAGGCAAGAUUACCAUCAAACAUUGUAUGCCAUUAUGGGAUUUACUCGGUGAGGAAACAGAUUUGAAAAAGAUAAAGUCUCUAACAGGUGUGGAAACAUUCCUAAAAAGUUGUAAUGAACAGGCUAUGAAGGAGUACAUUGGGAAUGACAUUGCUAAACUGAAAGACUAUCAGAAAAGAUGUAAAACAUUUUUCAUGGAUGUUGUAUCCCAGUUGUGUUUUGCUGAUAAUACAGCCCCAUCACAAGAAGUUGUUGAAAAAUUACUGAGCUAUAUAUUUUUCACAACAAGAGGUGGUGAUCAUCAACGUACAAGAGAUCUGUCAAUAUUUAACACAGGAAUUGAUCCUACCCCAGUGUUUAGAUCUUUCCUUCUACAACUUCUUAUGAGAACAAGUGAAGACAAUGUGAUAGAAAAUCUGACCCAUUAUUUAACUCAAGCAGAAGAUUUGAUUAAAAAGAAUGCACAUGAUCAAGAACAACAGUAUGUUGAGCUGUGCUUGCUAGUCAUUCAAUGUUUAGAGGACAUGUUUACCCAAGAAGCAUCUAGAACAGAUGUUGAUGAAAUAAAAUAUGCAUGUGAUGCAUUACAUCGAGCCACUCAAAACAUUGUGAAGGAGGGGCUUAGUGUAGAAAAGCUCUAUGGAUUGGCUAGUGCUAGAAUGGGCCUGGUUAUUACAGCAAGAUGUGUGGCUGAGAUUGUCAUGAAUAAUAUAGAUCCAAGACAUGUUGAUAGAAGUGUUAGAAAACUUAUUGAGGCUGCUCAAAUACUGUAUGAGGAAACAAAUGUUAAUUGGACCAGGAUAUACCUGGUGAAGCACCUCUGUAGAUGUUAUGGUAUUGAUGUGUAUCAGUCAAUUUGUCAAAAUGCAGCACCAUUCCUUAGAUGGAUCAGUAUGAGAGAUGCAAACAGAGAUCAGGUUGUGGAAGUAUCUGAUAGAUAUAUUAUAUGUGGGGAUAAUUAUACAAGAAUCAGAGAGGCCAUAACAAAGGUUAUCCUUGGUGAAAAUGUUGAACAUCUUUUUGAAACUGUUCAGGAGCUUCAAGCUACAGGAGUUAGAGUAGAGCCGAUGUUACAGCUUGCUGUACAUAGAGAAAUAACAAGGUCUUAUCUGUAUCCUCAACAACAAAGGAAACUAAAGGCACCAGUUAACGAAACAUUGAAUACGUUUGUGCAAGAUUGUAAUGCAGUGAAAAAUAAGCAUUUCAUGCAGAGGCUUAUAACAAACCAGCUUGUACCAAUACACCUUGUGACUGUUGAAGGGGAAGAUCUACGCCUACAAGGAAUACAGUGCCUUAUAGUUCACUAUCUAUCUGUAAUGAUAUAUGUGAAAGGGGACAGAACUCUACUACAACCAUUACAGUCUCUAAUGAUGAACCCGCAGGCAUGUGCUAACAUGUUCCUUCCAACCAUGCCACAAGAUGACCUGGAGGACAUCAAAGAAGCUUUAUUAGCUGGUCGUCAGAACAAUGCUAAUGAAAAUCCCGCCUUCUACCGUUGUCCAAAUGGUCAUCCAUAUAUGAUCGGAGAUUGUGGUAAACCAUUGAUAGUCGCCAAGUGUAUAUGCGGGGCUGACAUAGGUGGACAAGGAUGCAUGUUACUAGCAACUAAUACCCAAGAUACUGGGAGGGACCACACACUUACUGGACAUAUACUUGGCCUGGCUCAGGUCAGAGGUCAAGGUCCUGAGCCAGAAAGAACAUUGACCCCAGCUUACACUGCCACUAUAAGGCUUAUUCUACACAUGUCCAUGUUUAUUGGUGUAGGACAAAAUCCACAGGCUGUGCAGUCUUUGAUAAAACCAGACAUUGAUAUUAAUGGAGUGGAGGAGUUUUUAUGGGCACAUAUACAACAAGAUAUAGAUGAUAUACAUAGAGCACUUGGAAGAAGUGUUGAUGACGUUCUGUUACUUAUGCAUACAAUUAUAGACCAUGUUAUGAAGAUACAUAAUGAAGGGGAAAAUGUAGGUGGUGAAGUAUGUCAGUUAUCGACCAAAAAAGGAAGAAGUCAGUGGGAAACAGCAUUUUCUACCAAAUUUAUAAAGACACUGUUACAGAAUAUUGAAAAUUCUUUGAAAACAAAUAACCAACUUCUGGUUCAGGAUCAUAGACUUGGAGCAGACCCUCUGCUGUGUUUACUGUAUGAGACAGACACCAAUGUUGAGAGAGAGAAUCCAUCUUUUUCUAAGACAUCCAAGAGUCGGGACCAUCAUUUGAGAGCUCUACGUUACAUUCCCAGUAUUCUACGUCUACAUAGAGCUUUGUUCCAGAAAUAUCGGAGAAAACUAGACAAAGCUGAUGCGUCACAAAUAACUGUUGCUCAAUUGAAAAGGGAGGAGAUAGCAGGUGGUGAAACGUUUGACUUAUUGCAAGAUUUUGCUGAUGCUUGGGACUUGGUUAGAGAAUCAUUGACUCUUUACUUGUGUCCAACAGAAUUAGGUGGUAUGAUAAUUUCCAAGGAAUACUGUAGUAAACCAAUCACAGACAAUACACCAGUAUCUAUCCUGUUACCAACAAUAAAAGCAGGACUAUGUUCAUAUGUCCUGUUAGACUUUUUGAUGAGAAAACAAAAUGAUUUCUUAGAUAAUUAUCUCAAGGAAUUUUUGUACAGGAAAUCUGGUAGCAUAUCCAGUGUAAACCCCAAAGAGGUGACAUCAGCACAUCUAAUCAGCUACGACCCCCAGCAUGACAUUUUACCUUUAGUGCUUGCUAACUGCCAGUAUUCAUUUGAGAUGGGUAAAGGGACAAAGAUAGAGUAUGAUUUUGCUGCCUUAGAGAGACAAUUGAUGGACAGAUUCUUGUUUUCCAAGUCAAGAAUUGAAGUUGGGAGAGUGUUGAUGAUUGACCAGAUGGUGUACAGAACUGAGUUCACUGAUGCUGAAGUCUUUAGAAAACUGUCUGAGAAAAUACCCCAGGAAAAUUUGAGUGCAGCAGUUAAGACUCAGAUAUGUGCUGAGAUAAAGACGUUACCAGAUAUUUGUACAUCACUGGACAAUCUAGACAUAACAAUAAGUUUUCUCAAGUCUACAGGAGGUCAACCGGAGAAAACUUUACAUGAAUUCAUGGGGAACACACUUCAAAUGAAAACCACAAUACAUAGUCAAAAGGCCCAGCAGGCGUGUGAGUUGAGACAUGCGCAGUCACUAUGGUUACUGCUGUCUCUACAGAAAUCAAAGAAGAUGAUUGGGAAUAAUCAACACACAGAGUCCACAUUUGAAAGUGUAUUAAAAGAGUUCCACGAGGAAUUGCCAGAAGAGAUUAUGACAGAAUACAGGGGUUAUAUGAAGAAAUUGUCAAUUGAGAAACUAAACCAGCUUGUAGAAAUACUUCACGAGUAUAUUCUGUUAGUUGUUGCUGUCAGACAAAACCCGGAGGACGAGGAUUUUAUUGAUACAACCAAUCACAAACUUGGAGAAUGGCUGCCUGAAUAUGUAGACAGCAUGGAUAAUCCUCUGUUAGAUUCGGCAGUACUAGCAGACUUCCCAAAGGACAUUCUAUAUAAAUACAGUGUUCAUACAUGGGUGUGUACAUACGUUAUGUUGCGAGAAAAACAGACUGGAAACUAUAGAAGAUAUUGAGAGAUAUUCUCAUUGUAAAUGUGGGGACUGACAAAAACAUACAAGACCAAAUGUUCAAAUCUGUGAUGGGUGUAAGAAAUAUUUUGAAGGAAAAGGGAUGUUUGAUAGUGUUUAUGUUAAAGCAGACAGUCAUAAUACAUACGCUAGUGUCCCUUUUUUGGCGUGUGGCACACAAAAUAUAUGGCCUUAUAAUAGUUGUGAUAAACUGUACAGUAGAAGGAAGUAUUUUCAUUGUCAUAUUAUUCCUAGGCUUGCACAAUCUUGUAUAGGUAUAAAAAUGUGAAGUUUGCGAGCAUGAGAAAUAUGGACACUGUGAUGGUCAUAAAAACAAUGAAACACAAGUGAUAAUUAUAAAAUUGUGUGAUAUUUUUGUUAUAUUGAGCUAGAAUUAUAUCAUGUAUUAUUGUGUUUAUUUUUGAUUUCUUACUGAUACUUGACACUACAUUAAAUAUUUAAUGUUGCUGUUUAUUAUAUCGAACUGUUUUGGAUUGGUGUUCAUUUAUGUUUAAGUUUACUACAGACAAUUUGUUGAUUUUCUUUUAUUAUGAUAAUUUGUUUUUUUAUUGUAUAUUAUAUUUGCUGUAAAUUAUAAAAAGAAAAUAUUUGAAAAACACUAUUUUUGAUUGGCACUUAUGAAAACUGACAUAAUACUUGCAUGUGUUGUAAACAUUUUGUUUGGUAUUGCUAUGUAUGUAGAGAUACGUUGGCCGUUUGUUUUAAAACAUCAUGACAUAAUUUUAAUGUAAUCAUUGGGGGAAAGGUGGUAUGGGGAACAUGGUCAUUUGUGAAAUGUUAUAAAAUUUCUGCUCUGGGUGAGUUUAUUGAACAUUAUUUCUAAAUUGUCUGCCAGCUACAGCACUUGCAUAAGAAUUAGUGAAAUUGUUUUAGUUUGUCUUUUGGCUGGCGGAUCAAUAUUGCUCUUUUUCUCUAAGUAGAUAUUUUAAUGGCAUUCUAUUUGUUUAAGAAUAUAUAAUAGUAUACCAAUCUUGAUUUUUGUACCAAGCAUAAAAUAAUAUUUAUAGUCUUACAACUGUUAAUAAUGUGAAGAAAACUUUGUUACAACAUAUUAAGUUUUGUAUUUAGAACAUUGUUUUAAUGAUAGCAAUUUAGGACUGUUUAGGCAUGUGUGUUAUAAUUGAAUAUAACUGAUAUAAAGAUUCUAUUUAACAGGUAAAUUAAUGCUUCAAUAAUGUUGAUCUUCGUUUACAAAUAAACAAGCUAACAAAAAUUGG